AUGAUUUUAUUCAAAUCCAAAAAGCAGUAUCAGUAUAAACCAUUCCAACGUCAAUCCUUACUCGCCCGUUUCAAAUCAAAAUAUCGUCUCAAAUCUGACCACUUGCCCGGAGAUAGUAGUGAAUACAAACGUCGUCGUCGUCGCUCGUUGUUCUCUAAUAUUCAUCGAACAUAUCAUUCUUUAUGUUUAAGUGUCACAUUGAUCUUCGAAUUAUCGAAACUGUUCACGGAUGGAUACGAAUGGUUCGCUCGAUCUUUUCCGCCCUUCAUCUUAUCAUUGCACGUCUAA